AUGGGCUCCACGGAGCCUCUCUCAGCAUCAUGUUGCAUCUACGGAGUACCACCAAGCCUUCGCAAGGUGAAUGAAAAAGACUACACACCUAACUAUGUUUCCAUUGGCCCAUUUCACAAUAGAAACAAGAGGCUAAAAUCAAGGCAACAAUUAAAAUUGUGGUACCUCCACCAAUUUCUGAAGAGAACCCAAAAGGAUUCAUUUGAUCAUUAUGUUCUAUUCCUGGAAGAGUCAGAAGAUAAAAUCCGACGUUGUUACUCAGAGACCAUAGAGAUGGAAAGCAGCCAAUUCGUAAGCAUGAUUUUGAUUGAUGCUGGCUUCAUUAUUGAGUUGUUUCUUGCUUUUAGCGAGGAUCAAUCAAGUGUUGAUGACCCUAUUGUCCGUAGAUUGUUAUGGCCAAUAUAUGAUAUAAUAGUAGACUUGAUUUUAGUUGAAAAUCAAUUACCAUUUUUUGUUCUUGAAGAUAUAUUCCACCAAACUUUUCCCGAUGGAUUCAAGGAUAAGCUUUCAUUUCUUGAUCUUACCAUCCCUAUUUUCGUGUCCUAUUUGUCAGCAAACUUAUAUUAUAUCCCAUCUAAAGGAAUGUUUGACCAGUCUACCUUUCCAUACCGAGAGGAACACCUCUGUGACGUAUUAAGGGCAAUUUGCUUACCAAGUAAUCCUCCAGAAAGAAUUAGAUAUUGGGCAUCAUUGAAGCGUUCAUACAGUGUGAGUCAACUAUAUGAAUCAGGAGUUAAAUUACAAGCUCACCCAGGUAAAAAGUUAACUGAGGUUCUAUUUUCAGAAGGGGUUCUAACAAUACCAAGAAUCAGGGUGAGUAAUUUGACUGAGAAGUUGCUGAGAAAUGUGGUUGCUUUUGAGCAAUGUCACUAUCCUUUGAAGCACUACGUGACUGAUUAUAUAGUCCUCUUAGAUUUUCUUAUCCAAUCUGUCAAAGACGUUGAGAUUCUUGCUGAAAAGGGGAACAUGGAGAGUUAUCUUGACAGUGAUGCAGUGGCUUCCAUGCUUAGCAAUCUACGCAAGCAUGUUGUUGAAAUAAGCGUCAAUAGUGAUUAUGCCUCUUUACAUAAAGGGUUACAUGAGUUUUAUAAUGAUCCUCGUCACGAGUAUAAAGCAAUCUUUGUACGUGAAUAUUGGAGCACUCCCUGGAAAAAAGCUUCUUCUUUUGCUGCAGUUCUACUACUUUUUCUCACUUUAAUCCAAACAAUAAGUUCUAUCAUCCCUUUGUUCAACAAGUAG